AUGGUUCGCAACUAUGUGCGCAAAACGAAUCGUCAAUCGUGGGAUGAGAGUUCAAUGUUAUUAGCCAUUAAAUCAGUAAUUGACGAUAAAAAUAGUUAUACCAAAGCAUCAACCAACUACAAUGUGCCACAUUCAACAUUGCAAGAUAGAGUUAAAAAAAUUAAAGAUGGAAAAAUAGAAUAUGGCAGCAGUGCUUCAAAAGUACUAGGUAACUAUAAGAAAGUCUUUAAUACCGAACAAGAAAAUGAACUUGCUGAAUAUAUUAAAGACAUGGAAAGUCGCCUUUUUGGAUUAACUCAACAAAGUGUUAGGAAACUUGCUUUUCAGCUUGYAGAUAGAAAUGGUAUUCAACAUACAUUUAAUAUGAACACUGGCAUGGCUGGGAAAGAUUGGCUAAAAGGUUUUUUAAAAAGGCAUACUGAGCUGUCAGUACGUGCUCCAGAGCCUACUUCAGCUGCUAGAGCAAUGGGAUUCAACCAGCCAGUUGUUAUGAAUUUUUAUGAGUUAUUAAGACAAUGCUAUGAUAAGUAUAAAUUUUCUGCUGAUAGAGUUUUUAAUGUUGAUGAAAGUGGCCUAUCAAAUGUUGCAAAAAGUCGUGCCAAGAUUAUUGYACAUAAAGGCAGGAAACAGGUUGGAAAAUUAUCAUCAGCAGAACGAGGGCAAAAUGUGACGGUUACUAUUUGUAUGUCAGCUUCAGGUAAUUUUAUUCCUCCUCUUAUGAUAUUUCCAAGAGUGAGAAUGAACCCGGAUUUUAUUGAUGGAGCGCCACCAGCUACAAUUGUUGUGUGCCAUCCAUCUGGUUGGAUGCAGUCACAUAUUUUUGUUCAAUGGCUAGAACAUUUUAUAAAACAUACUAAUCCUACAGAAUCAAAUCCUGUGCUUCUACUAUUAGAUGGACAUGCGACCCAUGUUAAGAACUUAGAUGUAAUUGAUUUGGCACGCAAGAAAAAUGUAAUUAUACUUUGUUUCCCCCCACAUACAACUCACCGUUUGCMACCACUUGAUGUAUCAUUUAUGGGGCCAUUAAGUACUUUUUACAGUCAACAAUUAGAUUAUUGGUUAGUAAACCAUCCUGGACGUGUCGUUGGACUUCACCAAAUAUCAAAAAUAUUUGGAGAAGCAUACRUCAAAGCAGCUAAUAUUAGAAAUGCAUGUUCUGGUUUUAAAAAGACUGGUAUUUUUCCAUUUGACCCAGAAGUAUUCACAGAAGUAGAUUUUGCUGCCGCUGAAACAACAAAUCUAAUUCAAGAACCAACAGAACCUGUAGUAGCUGCACAUCAAAUUGAAAUAGUAAUACCCAAUAAUAAUAUUGCACCUGAAGCUA